GGACGUCACUAUCCGGAAAGAUGGCGUCCAACGCUGCCAUGUGUUCCCCCAUGCUGCGCCAAAUAUUUCGACGAAGCUCCUAUGUUUGUUCGAAAUCAUACGCCCCGUUCUCUGCAAGGCUUCUAUUUUCUACAGCCACUACAGCACCCCCCACUGAACGGGAAGCUGAGACCAAAGAAGAGAAGCCUGCAGCUGAUCCUAGCUUACUUGCAAGCCAAGAAGAAAACCGCAAGCUUCUUGAACAGAUUAAGACCAUUGACGACAAGUACAAGCGCUCGCUGGCAGAGAACGAGAACUUGCGUGUGCGUAUGCAGAAACAGAUUGAAGAAGCCCGUGUGUUUGGCAUUCAGAAGUUCUGCAAGGACCUGCUAGACGUUGCCGAUGUGCUGAGUAGUGCCCUUUCAAGUGUUCCCAAGGAAGCCGUGACCCCUGACAAUCCGCAUUUGCAAAACCUUUACACUGGCCUUGAAAUGACUCAGGCACAACUGCAGGCAGUGUUUCGGCGCCACGGACUUACACAACUCAAUCCUAUCGGAAUGAAAUUUGAUCCCAAUGAGCAUCAGGCCGUAUUUGUGCACCAUGAUGAAAGCAAAGAGCCCGGUACAGUAGGUGUAGUGUCUAAAAUUGGCUACAAGCUCAAAGAUCGCACCAUUCGUCCAGCCAUGGUUGGUGUGGUUGAGCGAACCUGAUGGAACUGGACUUGCAAAUUUAGUCCAGCAGUGACAUGUAGCUUGGGUUGCAGUCUUCUUGGCCAUUUAGCUCAGGUUGGGAAAGGAGCAGAUGUGUUCUAAUGCAGCUGAAACAUGAAACAACUGCAGUGAGUAUGACAGGCAGGCUGUGGUUUUUGGACUUGACUUUGAUCAUUCCAAGUGUGGGGGCAAAGUAUUUGAUAAACAAGCUAAAGAAACUGUAAGUUAGCAUUUUCAAGGGCUUGCUAUAUUUGUGGGCUUUUCUUAAAGGCCUUGUAGACAAGAGCCAGCCUGUACUCAGCAGACAAACAGUCAGGUGCAUGAAUGAUAACUUGUGUAGGUCAUUUAUAAAUUGUUGCUAAUAGUGCUGCUUUUUUUGCAGUUAUAGGCCACGCAGUGCUAGGCAAAAAGAAGUGGCUGGCCAAUUUAGUAUGAUGCUGAGAAGCUUGCAACUCCACUAGUACUCAGGUGCGUGUGUAAUAGCGUGCCUGUUUUAGAAAUCGGGGUGCAGCCUGCAGAUUUUUCACUGACUGUGACUAUGAAGUGCGGCUGAAAUAAAUUUAACUUUGUUACUAGC